AUGGUUGAUCUCGCCGCAGCUGCUCUGCGCCCUCAACGGCCCGUCAUCUCCAGGACGCCCACAGGCCUCAACGUGCCCGCGCCACCGGCAUCGGCGUCUGUGGAGGGCGCGCUGGACGCGGUGCUCGAGCUCGCGGACGGUUCGGCAUUUCGCGGGCAGUCGUUUGGCGCCGAGGGCGUGAGUAUCGCGGGCGAGGCCGUCUUCCAGACCGGCAUGGUCGGCUACGCAGAGUCGCUCACCGACCCGUCCUACGCCGGCCAGAUCCUCAUCCUCACCUACCCCCUCAUCGGCAACUACGGCGUCCCGGCCCGCCCGAAGCCGGACCCGACCAGCAUCGUGCAGGAGCUCCCCGAGGACUUUGAGAGCAGCAAGAUCCACGCGGCGGCGCUGAUCGUGGGCGACUACUCCCCGGAUUUCUCGCAUUUUUUGGCGCAGAGCUCGCUCGGGCAGUGGUUGAAGGAGAACAAUGUCCCGGCGAUCUGUGGUGUUGAUACUCGUGCGCUCACGAAGAGGAUCCGCGAGAAGGGUGUCAUGCUCGCCCGUAUCCUUGCGCGUUCGCCGACGGCGCCGUCAGGCCGCGCACGUGCGCUUCAGCAGUCCGCGAGUGUACCGCCUAGCCGUGCUGGAAGCCCCGGUCGUGAAGCUUGGAGGGAGGACUAUAUUCCUAUCGCGUUCUCCGACCCUAACGCGCAGAACCUCGUCGCGCAAGUCUCCAUCUCCGCACCGCGCGUCUACCCGCCUACAUGCGCUGCCGACCUCGUCAAACGCCACCCGUCUGGCAGACCCAUCCGUGUUCUUGCGCUCGACGUUGGCAUGAAGUACAACCAGAUUCGCUGCUUCACUAAGCGCGGUGUGGAGGUCAAGGUUGUUCCCUGGGACCACGACUUCCUGAGCAAGAGCGAGGAAGCGUUCGACGGCCUGUUCAUCUCCAACGGCCCUGGCGAUCCCACAUCCGUGUCCGCAACGAUCGACCGCAUCCGCACGGCCCUCACCACGCCCGACUUCCCGCCCAUCUUCGGCAUCUGCCUCGGGCACCAGCUCCUCGCGCUCGCAGCCGGCGCCAAAACGCGCAAGAUGAAGUACGGCCACCGCGGCGCGAACAUCCCGUGCACGUGCGCGCACUCGGGGCGCUGCUACAUCACGUCGCAGAACCACGGGUUCGAGGUGGACCGGGACACGCUGCCGGAGGGGUGGAGGGAGCUGUUCCGGAACGCGAACGACGGGAGCAAUGAAGGUAUUGAGUGGGUCGGGAGGAGGGUGUUCAGCGUGCAGUUCCACCCCGAGAGCACGCCCGGGCCGCGCGAUACGGAGUUCUUGUUCGACGUGUUCUUGUCGUCUAUCCUUGAGUCGCUCGCGCCGUCCGCGGGGGCGUUGCCGAAGGGGAUUGUUAUGCCCGGGGGCGUGAAGGCGGAGAACGAGGCGAGGAGCCCGCGUGUGGAUGUUAAGAAGGUGUUGAUUCUGGGCAGUGGCGGGUUGAGCAUUGGGCAGGCGGGCGAGUUCGAUUAUUCGGGGUCGCAGGCGAUCAAGGCGCUUAAGGAGGAGGGGAUCUAUACGGUUCUGAUCAACCCGAACAUUGCUACCAUCGCCACGAGCACUGGGCUGGCUGAUAAGGUCUACUUCCUCCCUGUGACGCCCGAGUUCGUGCGCAAGGUCAUCUCGUACGAGCGCCCGGACGGUAUCUACGUCACUUUCGGCGGCCAGACGGCGCUUAACGUCGGUAUCGCGCUCAAGGACGAGUUCGCGGGUAUGGGCGUCAAGGUCCUCGGCACGCCCAUCGAGACGGUUAUCAUGACCGAGGACCGCCAGCUCUUCGCGUCCGCCAUGCUCGAGAUCGGCGAGCGCUGCGCGCAGUCUGCGACAGCGACGACGCCGGACGAGGCCGUCGCGGCUGCGGCUGAGAUCGGGUUUCCGGUUAUUGUGCGCGCGGCGUAUGCGCUUGGUGGGCUCGGGAGCGGGUUCGCGAAGGAUGAGGGGCAGCUGAGGGCGCUGUGUGAGAAGGCGUUUGCGACGAGUCCGCAGGUGCUGGUUGAGAAGAGUAUGAAGGGGUGGAAGGAGAUUGAGUAUGAGGUCGUGAGGGAUUGUAGGGAUAAUUGUAUUACGGUUUGUAAUAUGGAGAACUUUGACCCGCUUGGUAUCCAUACUGGAGACAGCAUCGUCGUCGCGCCCAGCCAGACACUCAGCGAUGUCGACUACAACAUGCUCCGCACGACGGCCAUCAACGUCAUCCGCCACCUCGGCGUCAUCGGAGAAUGCAAUAUCCAGUACGCGCUCAACCCGACGAGCAGGGAGUACUGCAUUAUCGAGGUCAACGCGCGCUUGUCGCGCAGUUCGGCGCUCGCGAGUAAGGCGACGGGGUACCCGCUUGCGUAUACGGCUGCGAAGCUGGGGUUGAACAUCCCGCUGAAUGAGAUUAAGAAUAGCGUCACGAAGGUCACCUCGGCAUGCUUCGAGCCCUCGCUUGACUACGUCGUCGUGAAGAUCCCGCGCUGGGACCUGAAGAAGUUCUCGCGCGUGAGCAGGCUGCUGAGUUCGAGCAUGAAGUCUGUGGGCGAGGUUAUGAGUAUUGGCCGGACGUUCGAGGAGACGAUUCAGAAGGCUAUUCGAGCGAUUGACGAUCAGUUUGCUGGGUUCGCCAAGAACGACUACGUGGAGGAUAUCGACGAGGAGCUGGUCAAUCCGACGGACAAGCGUAUCUUUGCGAUCUCGACGGCGUUCCACCGCGGGUACUCUGUGAACAAGAUCUGGCAGAUGACGAACAUCGACAAGUGGUUCCUUACGAAGUUGCAGAAUAUCUUCAAGAUGGAGGUUGCGCUUUCGAACGAGACUAUAACGACGCUCACGCCGGACAUGCUCCGCCGUGCGAAGCAGCUCGGGUUCUCCGACCGCGAGCUCGGCGCCUGCGUCGGCUCGAACGAGAUCGCCAUCCGGCGCGUGAGGCAAGAGAGCGGGAUCUACCCCUUCGUCAAGCAGAUCGACACAGUAGCCGCCGAGUUCCCGGCGUUCACGAACUACCUCUACACGACGUACAACGCGCUCGAGCACGACAUCGACUUCACGGACCGCGGUAUCAUGGUCCUCGGCUCGGGCGUGUACCGCAUCGGCUCCUCCGUCGAGUUCGACUGGUGCGCCGUGCGCGCCAUCCGCACGCUCCGCGCGCAGGGCUUGCCGACGAUCAUGGUCAACUAUAACCCCGAGACGGUCAGCACGGACUACGACGAGGCGGACAGGCUUUACUUUGAGAACAUCUCGCUCGAGACGAUUCUGGAUAUCUACGACACGGAGCGCAGCCGCGGGGUUAUGCUCAGUAUGGGCGGCCAGACGCCGAACAACAUCGCGCUGCCGCUGCAUCGCCAGAAUGUGCGGAUCUAUGGGACGUCGCCGGAGAUGAUCGAUACGGCGGAGAACAGGUACAAGUUCUCGCGGCUGCUCGACGAGAUAGGCGUGGACCAGCCCGAGUGGAAGGAGCUGACGAGUCUGGACGAGGCGGAGGCGUUCUGCAAUAAGGUCGGCUACCCCGUGCUCGUGCGCCCGUCGUACGUCCUCUCGGGCGCGGCGAUGAACGUCGUGAGCACCAAGGCGGACCUGGCGAACUACCUGGGCCAGGCGGCGGCGGUCUCGCGCGAGCAUCCGGUCGUGAUCAGCAAGUACAUCGAGAACGCGAAGGAGAUCGAGAUGGACGCCGUGGCGAAGGACGGCGUUAUGAUCAUGCAUUACGUGUCGGAGCACGUCGAGAACGCCGGGGUGCAUUCGGGCGACGCGACGCUUAUACAUCCGCCGCAGGAUCUGGACCCGGUGACGGUGCAGCAGAUCGUGGAGGCGACCGCGAAGAUCGGGAACGCGCUGAAUGUGACGGGCCCGUACAAUAUCCAGUUCAUCGCGAAGGACAACGCGAUCAAGGUUAUCGAGUGUAACCUGCGCGCGGCGCGCUCGUUCCCGUUCGUGAGCAAGACGACCGGGAUAGACGCGAUCGAGAUGGCCACGAAGGUCAUGAUCGGGCUCCCGGUCGAGCCGUACCCCGACUCCCCGCUGCCCGCGGACUACGUCGGCGUGAAGGUCCCGCAGUUCUCGUUCUCGCGUCUGAGCGGCGCGGAUCCGGUGCUGGGCGUUGAGAUGGCGUCUACGGGCGAGGUGGCGUGUUUCGGGAAGGACAAGUACGAGGCGUAUCUGAAGGCGCUGAUUUCGACGGGGAUUGUGCCGCCGAAGAAGAAUAUCUUGUUUUCGAUUGGUGGGUUUAAGGAGAAGUUGGAGCUUUUGCCGUCGGUGCAGAAGUUGAGCGCUGUGGGGUAUAAUAUCUUCGCUACGUCGGGGACGGCGGAUUUCCUCUCGGAGCAUAAUGUGCCGUGCAAGUACCUAGAGGCGCUUGGCGAAGACGGUCGCGAUUCGCAGAAGAGCGAGUACUCCCUCACGCAGCAUCUCGCGAACAACCUCAUCGACAUGUACAUCAACCUGCCAUCGAGGAACCACUACCGUCGCCCCGCCAGCUACGCCUCGAAGGGAUACCGCACGCGUCGUAUGGCCGUCGACUUUGCCAUCCCGCUCAUCACGAACGUCAAGGUGGCCAAGAUCCUCGCCGAGGCGCUCGUGCGCAAGAUGCCGCUCAACGUCUCGACCGUGGACGCUAAGACGUCGCACAUCACUCAUACGUUCCCUGGACUUGUCAACCUUGCGGCGUUUGUGCCGGGUCUUGCUACGCCUGGGAGCGACGACUUUGCAGAGGCGACGAAAGCUGCCCUCAGUGCUGGCUUCACUACUUCGCUUGUCACUGCGCUUGGGUACGGCAACAAGAUCUUCGACCGGCUCUCACUCGACCAGGCGCGCGCGAACAUUGCUGGCCGCGCCUACGCCAACUACGCUCUUGCUGUUGCGGCAACGAGCACGAAUGUGCAUGAGCUCGACGAGGCAAUCCAGGACGGUGUUAAGGCGCUCUUUGUCCCGCAGCUCAUCGACAACGUCGCGACGCAGGUGUCCGUCGUUGCGGGUCACUUCGCCGCUUGGCCUGCGGACAAGCUCAUCGUCACGGAUGCGAAAGGCGCGGACCUCGCGAGCAUGCUCCUCCUCGCUUCGCUACACUCUCGCCCUCUCCAUAUCACCGACGUCUGGCACGAGGAGGACUUGAUGCUCAUCAAGCUCGCCAAGGCGAAGGGUCUCCGCGUCUCUUGCGAUGUCUCCGUCUACUCUCUCUUCUUCACCGCUGAAGCGCUCGGUGCGCGCUCGCUCCCCGGUGCAUCGGAUCAGGCCGCUCUCUGGCGCAACCUCGACGUCAUCGACGCGUUCACUGUCAAUGGCCCGCCGUUCUACGUCUCUGUCGAGAAGGGCGAGAAGGGCUCGGCGUGGUCUGGUGUGCAGGAGGCACUGCCGCUUCUGCUCACCGCCGUUGUGGAUGGCCGUCUCACGCUGCGCGAUAUUCAGGAGCGCCUGCACGACAACCCUGUGCGCAUCUUCGGUCUGCCCGAGUCGCAUGCGCAGGUCGAGGUCGUUCUUGAUCGUACGAGCGUCUACGACAAGUCGGACAGGCACUGGUCUCCGCUUGCCGGAAAGCCCAUCAAGGGCGCCGUACACCGUGUCGUCGUCAACGGUCAGACUGUCUUCCUCGACGGCGAGCUCUUCGGCGCACCCAAUGGCCACGACGUCUCUGCCUCCAUCGUCCAUGUCCCUGCAGCUUCUGCAGCGGCGGCUGAGAAGCCCUCGCUUGGUGCACCGUCGACGUCUGCCACUACUGUUCCCACAGCGCCCGCGACGAAGCCGUCCACUACGACCCUCGGCGCUGAUGUGCCAUCAUCUUCGGCCGCCAUGCGCGCUCUCGAGGGCCCGCUCGCACGGCAGCCGGCGCUUUCUCACCCGAUCCCGCACCCGUCGUUCGCUGGGCGCCACAUCUUGUCCGUCAAGCAGUUCACGCAGAAGGACCUCUACGACCUCUUCUCGCUCGCGCACGAGAUGCGCCUGCAGGUGGAGCGCCAGGGAGUGCUCGAUGUGCUCAAGGGCAAGGUGCUCUGCACGCUCUUCUAUGAGCCGAGCACGCGCACUAGCUCGUCGUUCGAGGCGGCUAUGAAGCGCUGCGGUGGAGAGGUUGUGACUGUUGAUGCUGGGCGCAGCUCGGUGCAGAAGGGCGAGUCGGUCCCGGAUACGAUUCGCACGCUUGCAUGCUACGCCGACGCGAUCGUCAUGCGCCAUCCCGAUGUCGGCUCUUGCCAGCUCGCUGCUCGUUACAGCCCGGUACCGGUUCUCAAUGCCGGCGACGGUAUCGGAGAACACCCGACGCAGGCACUACUCGAUGUGUACACUAUCCGGAGCGAGCUUGGCACUGUCAACGGCCGCACCAUUACGCUUCUUGGCGACCUCAAGAACGGCAGGACGGUGCACUCGCUCGUGACGCUCCUCUGCUUGUACACGAAUGUCCGCCUCAACUUCGUCGCACCGCAGAGCCUCGCGAUGCCCGCGGCGGUCGUGAACGCCGCGCGUCGUGCGGGUGUCACUGUACAUCAGUGCGAGAGCGUUGAGGAGGUCCUCGGCGAGACGGAUGUGCUAUAUGUGACGCGCGUUCAGCGUGAGCGAUUCUCAAGCGACGCGGAAUACGAGCGCGUGCGCGACGUGUACCGCGUAGACCACGCUAUGCUGGCGCGCGCGAAGGAGGAGAUGAUCGUCAUGCAUCCGCUUCCGCGUUUGACGGAGAUUGCGGAGGAGGUCGAUUUUGAUUCGCGUCGUGCGGUGUACUUCCGCCAGAUGCGGUAUGGAUUAUACAUUCGCAUGGCGCUGCUUGUGAGCGUACUGCUCAAGUAG